UGCGAUAUGUUCUUCUCUUUUUCUCCCUUUCUCUCUCUAUGUUCUUUCUUCCUUUCUCUUUCCAUGUUUUUUCUUCUCCGAUCCCUUUUUUCUCUUACCUUCCCUUAUUUAUUCCUUUCGAUCUUUCCUUUUUAUUCCUCAUGAUCUUUCCUUUUUUGUUUUUUUAUCUUUCUUUUUCUCUGUGAUUUUAUUUGACUGUGUUAUGUUUUUUUUUUGCAGGUUUUAAAAAAAAAAUGAAAUUGAGGGAAACCAAAUGAUGCUUCUGAAGAUAAAUGAUGGCCCCAAAAAUGGAAAUUUCUGUUGAACUUUGAACAGCACGCUACGCCAGGGGGUGGACUCAACUCUGCACCUGUCUUCUUCCUGCUACAGCCCCUCUCUCUCUCUCUAUUCUUCCUUGCCCAUUUCAGAAUCGCACUUCUAUCCAAUCACUGAAAUCCUCUCUUUGUCUCUUCCUCCCCAAGCUCCGUGUCUCUGCCCCGCGCGGCCCCCAGUGGCUUCGACGCCCAAGUCCUAGGGUUUCACUCCUAGGGUUUCACUCAUCGCGAAAGGAAGGAUUUUAUUUCAGUUACAGGUCUGAUUCUUCUUCGGUUAAUCUCCCAGGUUUUUGAACAGCUAAAAAUUUGUUGAUUCGGAAAGAUUCUGCUAACUAUGAGGUUAUGUUUGGAGAUUGUCUAACAAGAAUGCCAGGCAUACCUUUGGUGGUUCGUGAAACAAUCUAUUCUAGAAGUGCAGAUCAGAUGUGCCGCCAAGAUUCUCGUGUACAUUUGUCUGCGGAAGAGGAAAUUGAAGCUGAAGAGAGUCUCUCAAUUUAUUGCAAACCUGUUGAACUUUACAACAUUCUUCAACGUCGUGCUAUAGGAAAUCCAUCAUUUCUCCAAAGAUGUUUGCUUUACAAGAUACAAGCGAAGCAUAAAAGGAGGAUACAAAUGACGGUUUCUCUGUCAGGGACUAUGAAUGAUGGAUUGCAAGCACAGGGCUUGUUUCCUUUGUACAUUUUGCUAGCAAAACCGGUUUCUGACAUUGAAAUUUCAGAGUAUUCUGCAGUCUAUCGCUUCACUCGAGCAUGUGUCUUGACCAUUUCUGAUCUUGAAGAGAGAAAUCGAGCUGAAGCUAAUUUUAUACUCCCUGAGUUUAGUAAGCUUGCAGCGGAGGUCAAAUAUGCCUCUCUCACGAUCUUGUUUAUCAGCUGUGUGACAGAAAGUUUUGGAGGUUACUGUUUAUGGGGCAGGUUACCCAUUGAAUCACUAUAUUUGUCAUGGGAGAGCUCUCCAAGCUUCAGUUUGGGGCAGAGAGCUGAGAUGAUGUCCACUGUUGAGAUGCAGUCCUGCUUUGUGAAGCCAACUUGUUUGGAGGACAAAUGCAUAUCAUUUCAGAUUCCAUGUAACCCGGAAACUGUGAGUAAGCAACUGCAGGUCGUAGUUUCUGCAGAAGAGUUAGGGGCGAAAGAGAAAUCUCCUUAUAAUUCAUACACAUAUAAUGGCAUUCCUACGGCAUCACUGCCUCAUAUUAUCAGGUUGAGAGCUGGAAAUGUCAUUUUCAAUUAUAGGUACUAUAACAAUAAACUGCAGAGGACUGAAGUAACAGAAGACUUCUCCUGCCCAUUCUGCUUGGCAAAAUGUGCGAGUUUUAAGGGUCUUAGAUAUCACUUAUCCUCGUCUCACGAUCUGUUCAACUUUGAGUUUUGGGUAACUGAAGAAUAUCAAGCUGUAAAUGUAUCAGUGAAAACAGAUAUCUGGAGAUCAGAGAUUGUUGCAGAUGGAGUUGAUCCCAAGCAACAAACAUUUUUCUUGUGCUCAAAGCCGCUGAGACGUAGAAAACCAAGGAACCUUAUUCAGCAUGCAAAGCAUGUGCAUCAUCUGGAAUUGGAAGCUAACUUGCCUGCAGCAGCUGAUGCUCAUUCGAGUAAAGGUGACAAGGCUCGUUUAUCAAGUGGGAAUGGACAGAAUGCUAGCCUAGGUGCUAUUGAUUGUGCUGAAUAUGUUGCAUCCAGUGCUAAUGGCACUGGGGUUUCAAUUGCUACUGCUCAAUCAUUUGUAGAUCCUGAAUGUGUUCAGUCACUAUCUGGAGGCAAUUUUACACCACAUGCCAUGCUGCAAUUUGCAAAGACAAGAAAGUUGUCUGUUGAACGAUCUGAUCCUCGGAAUCGCGUACUCUUGCAGAAGCGACAGUUCUUCCACUCACACAGAGCUCAGCCAAUGGCUCUGGAGCAAGUAUUAUCAGACCGGGAUAGUGAGGAUGAAGUUGAUGAUGAUGUUGCUGAUUUUGAAGAUCGAAGGAUGCUUGAUGAUUUUGUAGAUGUGACAAAAGAUGAGAAGCAAAUGAUGCAUCUCUGGAACUCAUUUGUGAGGAAGCAGCGGGUGCUGGCUGAUGGCCAUAUUCCUUGGGCAUGUGAAGCAUUUUCCAGAUUCCAUGGCCAUGACCUUGUCCGAACCCCAGCCCUGAUUUGGGGGCAUUUCCUUUCUCUGCUUGUUCUAAUCUCCAUGUCAUGUACCUACAAAUGGUAUUCUUUUCGUAUCCUGAGCUACAAUCACAUGAGAUACCGCUAUGUUCAUAUUGAGCUCCAAACUUGGCCUCUGAUCUGCAAUUACUAUUUAGGUGUUGGAGAUUAUUCAUGAUUAAACUGUGGAAUCACGGUCUCCUUGAUGCGCGCGCCAUGAACAAUUGUAACAUAAUUCUUGAGCAAUGCCAAAACCAUGAAUUAGAUCUUAUGAAAAGUUAGAAGAAAGGAUGCAAUACAACGUGUUUGAUUGGUAUGCGGUAUCCAUCAGCGGCGAUGUUGAGGAAAGACUGCUUCACUAAUUCAUUGUACUUUUCCCCUUCAAUGGCACGUGCUUGGUUCCCCGAGGCAUUUCAACCUUUUGCUUUCUGGGCACAAAGUCAUUUGCAUUUGUAUUCUGCGACUUUAAACAUUUGUCUAUUUAUUCUGUCAAAAUUUUAAGUAUAAUCACUCCAUCCUUGAAAGGGGAAUAUGGCUUUCUUACCCCUGCCAUUUUAACUUUGUUCUUUUGUGAACUUGUCUUGACAUCAGGGAAGACUAAAAAUAUCAGCAUGAAUUUUCAUCAGGCAACCAAUUCAACUCAAUAUGAUAUGUUCAGCAGGUCUAACAAUGUUCAUCAGCUGGGCAAUUUUCUAUAGUCUGAAGAGUGAGAUUAUAAGUUAAUCCCAAA